UCUGUAUUAUAGACACCUAACUGGUGACAUAUAUUAUCCCUUCCCCUGUUCAUGUGGACAUGGUACAACCGGUAAUGGCUGCCCCUUCUCAGAGAUAGAAACAUACUUUGACUGACGAGAUGAGUGAGCUGAAGGAUUGCCCACCGCUUAAAUACUAUGACUUCAAGCCUGUGGAGCACACCAAGGUAUGUCCACGAUACACAGCGGUUCUUGGACGUUCAGAGGAUGAUGGAAUUGGCAUAGAAGAACUAGACACACUCCAGUUGGAAUUGGAGACCCUCCUCUCCUCGGCGAGUCGACGUCUUCGAGCAUUGGAAGAACAGAGACAGAUUCUGACAGACUGGCAGGAUAAGAAAGGAGACAAGAGGUUUCUGAAGCUGAAGGAUGCAGACCUCUCUGUCACCUCACGACAUUCAAAGACUAAGAAGCAGAAACUAGAUGGCAAGGGCAGCCAUGGUGCAGGACCUGGUCCUGGUCGACCAAAAUCAAAGAACUUGCAGCCCAAAGUGCAAGAGUAUGAGUUCAGUGAAGACCCCCAAGAGAUUCCACGUAAUCCCAAAAAUGAUGCUCCUAACCGAUUUUGGGCCUCGGUGGAACCAUACUGUUCUGACAUAACCAAUGAAGAAAUACGGGUUCUGGAAGAACUGCUGAAGCCUCCAGAAGAUGAGGCUGAAUAUUAUAAAGUCCCUGCCUUGGGAAAGCACUAUUCCCAGCGCUGGGCACAAGAGGAUCUCCUGGAGGAGCAGAGGGAGGGAGCCAGAGCCAAUGACAAAAAGAAGAGCAUGAUGGGCCCGCUUUCUGAGCUCGACGCCAAAGAUGUAGAUGCCCUGAUAAAAAAGUCUGAGUCCCAGCACGACCCUCCUGACGAUGGGUGUCCCUUUGGUCCUCUCACUCAGCGUCUACUUCAGGCCCUGGUUGAGGAGAACAUCAUAGCCCCAAUGGAGGAUUCCCCAAUUCCAGACAUUCCAGGGAAGGACGAUGGGGCAGGGACUUCACCACGCAGUCAAGGGAAAGCUUUUAGUGUCCCCCACACACGCUCCCUUGAAGCCCGAAUCAAGGAGGAGCUGAUAUCACAGGGGCUUCUAGACUCAGAAGAACGUCAGGGGGUUGGUGGAGACGCAGAGGAUGAGGUGCUCGCUGAGCUGCACAAGAGACAAGCAGAACUCAAGGCCCUGAGUGCCCAUAAUCGUUCCCGCAAACAGGAGCUCCUGAGGUUGGCUCGGGAGGAGAUGCGCAAACAGGAACUAAGACAGCGGGUCCGAGUGGCUGACAAUGAAGUCAUGGAGGGCUUCCGUCGCAUCAUGGCUGCCAGGCAGAAGAAACGUACACCCACAAAGAAAGAAAAGGACCAGGCCUGGAAGGCCCUGAAGGAGAGAGAGAGCAUACUCAAACUGCUAGAUGGCUAGAGUUGCAUCUUAUUGGCUUGACAUUAGUGUUGUGCUAAUGACCAAGCCCAUCAGCUCCUGAAACUACACUACUGUGACUGAUCAUAUCAUGCCUCUGCCACCUUUAGGUGCCAAUCAUUGUUACCACAUUUUGCCUUUUUUAUACAUCCCCAGAACCAAGUAAAUACCAGCAACAAGGUUGAAUGAUAUUCUGGUGGUUGGCAAGUGAAUUCUGGAAGUGCAUGUGUACCAAUACAGAUUUUAUGGCUGAAUGCUUUUUGACUGUACAGCAGAACUUACGUAUUAAGCAGGUAAUUUUGACAGGGAAUAAUACAUUUUUUUUUUUCAUUUGUGGGACUCCAUUGUGUUCAUUGUUGCUUCGUUUUGAGUCUGAUGAAGUGAAGUAGUUUUAGGUCAUAGAUAUUGUUAGACUACUGACAUUUUUUAUGUCAUGGUUUGUGUAUUGUAAGGAAAAGGUAUGGGGAGUUUGAAUAUAUAAAUACGUAAAAGAAUAAAAAACAUUCCAACCCA